GGAGAAAGAGCGAACGGUUUCUGGGCCUCCGAGGCCGCCGUAGCGAGGGGCGGGGCCCGGAAACGAGCAGGAUGGCGGCGCUGCAUAGUGACAGCGACGAGGACCUGGUCAGCUAUGGGACCGGCCUGGAGCCUCUGGAAGAAGGUGAAAGACCAAAGAAACCAAUUCCUCUUCAGGAUCAGACUGUCAGAGAUGAAAAAGGAAGAUAUAAACGAUUUCAUGGAGCCUUUAGCGGAGGUUUCUCUGCUGGGUACUUCAACACUGUUGGCUCAAAAGAAGGAUGGACACCUUCUACCUUUGUGUCUUCCCGACAGAACAGGGCAGACAAAUCUGUUCUUGGUCCUGAAGAUUUUAUGGAUGAAGAGGAUCUCAGUGAAUUUGGGAUAGCACCUAAAGCGAUUGUUACCACGGAUGAUUUUGCUUCAAAAACCAAAGAUAGAAUACGAGAAAAGGCCAGGCAGUUGGCAGCUGCUGCUGCCCCCAUUCCUGGAGCCACCCUGCUUGAUGACUUCGUAACGCCAGCAAAAUUAUCUGUUGGUUUCGAAUUGCUAAGAAAAAUGGGCUGGAAAGAAGGACAAGGAGUCGGUCCUCGAGUGAAGAGAAGGCCGCGCCGACAGAAACCUGAUCCUGGAGUCAAAAUCUACGGCUGCGCGUUACCCCCUGGAGGCUCUGAGGGAUCUGAGGAUGAAGAUGAUGACUACUUGCCUGAUAAUGUGACCUUUGCACCCAAAGAUGUCACACCUGUGGAUUUUACACCUAAGGAUAAUGUGCAUGGACUGGCUUACAAGGGCCUGGACCCCCACCAAGCACUGUUUGGAACGUCGGGAGAACAUUUCAAUCUUUUCAGUGGGGGAUCUGAGGGAGCCGGCAAUCUCCUUGGAGAUAUUGGACUGAGUAAAGGAAGAAAAUUGGGAAUUUCAGGCCAGGCUUUUGGUGUAGGUGCCCUGGAAGAGGAAGAUGAUGAUAUCUAUGCCACAGAAACUCUAUCCAAGUAUGACACUGUUUUGAAGGACGAGGAGCCUGGAGAUGGACUCUAUGGUUGGACAGCACCCAGGCAAUAUAAAAGCCAGAAAGAAUCAGAGAAAGAUCUUCGAUACAUUGGCAAAAUUUUGGAUGGAUUUUCCUUGGCGUCUAAACCUUUAUCUUCUAAGAAAAUCUAUCCACCCCCUCAGUUGCCUAGAGACUAUCGACCGGUGCAUUAUUUCAGACCCGUGGUGGCUGCAAGCUCCGAGAACUCCCACUUGCUCCAGGUAUUAUCCGAGUCAGCUGGAAAGGCAACACAGGACCCGGGGACACAGAGCAGGCACCAGCUGAAUGCCUCCAAACGGGCAGAAUUGCUAGGAGAGACACCUGUUAAAGGCUCAGCUACUUCAGUGUUAGAAUUUCUGUCUCAAAAAGACAAAGAGAGAAUCAAAGAAGUGAAGCAGGCAACCGACCUUAAAGCGGCUCAACUCAAGGCCAGGAGUCUGGCCCAGAAUGCCCGAAGCAGCAGACCCCAGCCCUCCACGCCAGAUGCUGGACACUGCUCUUGGCACGUGCCACUGGGUGGCGCGACAGCCACCGCAAGAGCUAGCAACUUCAAACCUUUCGCAAAAGAUCCCAAAAAGCAAAAACGAUACGAAGAGUUCUUACUGCAUAUGAAACAGGGUCAGAAAGACGCCCUGGAGCGCUGUCUGGAUCCCAGCAUGACCGAGUGGGAGCGCGGCCGGGAGCGGGACGAGUUUGCUCGGGCGGCCCUGCUGUACGUGUCUUCCCAUUCGACCUUGUCCUCCAGGUUCACUCACGCCAAGGAGGACGAUGACUCAGACCAGGUUGAAGUCCCUCGAGACCAGGAGAACGAUGUCGGUGACAAACAGUCAGCCGUGAAGAUGAAGAUGUUCGGGAAGCUCACCCGAGACACGUUUGAGUGGCACCCUGACAAGCUUCUGUGUAAGAGGUUUAAUGUCCCUGACCCUUAUCCAGAUUCCACUGUAGUUGGCUUACCAAGAGUGAAGCGUGACAAAUACUCAGUCUUCAACUUUCUGACCCUGCCAGAGCCGGCCUCCUUGCCCACAACUCAAACACUGAGUGAAAAAGCGCCACAGCACCAAGGUCCCAACAAAUCAAGGAAACCAUCCAGGUGGGAUACAUCUCAACAAGAAAAGAAAGAAGAUUCCAUUAGUGAAUUUUUAAGUUUGGCUCGAUCAAAAGUUGGUCCACCUAAACAAGAGUCCAGUCCCUUGGUAAACAAAGAGAAAGAGUGUGUGCCGGAAUCACUCUCGGAUAAGGUGGUGAACAAAGGUGUGGAUCCGCAGACGGAGGGGGAAGAGAGCCGCCCGUCCAUGGACUUGUUCAAGGCCAUAUUUGCCAGCUCCUCGGAUGAGAAGUCCUCAUCCUCUGAGGAUGAGCAGGGUGGCAGUGACGACGAUCAGGCCGUUACUGGGGAAGCCAACUUCCCAAGUUCCCAGGAGACCGACUUAGGGGAAACAUCGUCUGUGGCACAGGCUCUUGAGCCAGCACCCCAGGAGCCGGCACUUUCCUUCCCGAUACGAAAGAUGCAGAUCGAUGAAAGGGAAGAGUUCGGCCCACGCCUGCCUCCUGUCUUCUGCCCCAAUGCUCGUCAGAAACUUGAGGAACCUCAAAAAGACAAACAUAAAAAAACCAAAGAAAAACACAAGACCAAGAAAGAGCACAAACGAAAGAAAGAGAAGGUGAGAGACUUCUGGGUGUGCCAGGGUCAGUUUAGGGUCCGAUGCUCCUGCUUCUGCUGGCCAGAUGAGCCCCCGGGGGUGGCACAGAACGCCAGUCUCCAGUCGAAGACAGUAUCUUGUGACCAAGAUGAUGCUACACAGGUCUCUCUGGGCCUUAACAAAAAUGUUGACAUUCAGUACAAAUGUUUGAUUUUUCAGAAACCUUGUUUUUCUUUCAGAGCAGAAUAUUUUAAUUUGUGCAGUUGUACUUCAAAAAAAUUUUUUUGUGAACCUUAAAAAGUAGGAGAAAGGGCAUUUAAGGAUCUUAGAGCAACGGUUGGGUACCAAAUAAUAAAGCAGUAUUUAUUGAUUAUUCAUUCCAUGUUAAAUGCAAGUAUUAUUUUGAACAUUUCUCAACUUCUUUGUCAUUAUUACAAUUUGAGACUUUAGCCUGUCACUUGCCAUUUGAAGUAAAAGGAAACUUGGAUAGAAGGAGUAGCCUGUGCUUUCACUGCCUGCCUCUCUUACCUCAUCAUCCAGGUCUUCUGGGGUUUGGCACGGGCUUCUCAGUAGGUUAAUGUCAUUGUUGGGUACCCGCAGUGGUCUGCGCUGGUGGGGAAAAAGAUGGAAACAGCGCCACUAUUGGCUGCCAGGAAAAAGGAUUCCCGAGCACGGAGGGUGACUGAAGUUAAAAGGCUUAAACACCGAAUCCUUUUGUUCUCACCCGUGUACCUUCUGCGUGCGAACCAUCUGCCAGUGUCUAAUGUGUGCUUUUCCAGGCUGCGUGCCAUCCUGAUGUGUAGUUCCUCAGACGCCUAACCAAAUAAACCAGUCGUGUUCAUGGGAGGUAGCACAGGCAGCUCAAGGUCAAGGUGGGGUCCUGCCCGUGCCUGCUUGGUUCUGUUGUGUCUGUCGCUAGAGGACGGGUCGGCUCAGUGCGCAGAGUUGAGAGUGUGCACAGCCGUCCGCCCCUGGUCUGCCCUUGUUAGGCUAACGCUUGCUCUAAAUGAGGUUAAAAAAUUUUGGAUUUGGCUGGGCACAGUGACUCAUGCCUGUAAUCUCAGCAUUUUGCGAGGCCAAGGUGGGAGGA